GCAGCUGUUUUGUUUACAUCAUACUGCUAGAGACAGCUGAGGACUGCGGGACACCAGCGGACACAACAAACAGCUUAAAUUACCUUUUCCGGGUAAAUUAUGUCUGUAAAACACGCCAUUAGCCGGGGGCUCGAGUUGGGCCGGUCUGUCUUUCAGCUGGGUCUCCUUAAGUCGGGUGGCCGAGUCGUAGCAAAGCUCCGAGCUGACCGUUUUCGUGUAGGCCCGUCGGUCCGCACCGUUCAGCCUCAGGCUUUCCUGCCGUCUCGGUACCGCUACUAUCGCACCUCGUUGAAGGGCCUGGCAGCCCAGCUUCAGUCCGCCGGCUUCAGGAGAAGGUUUGGCGGUGGCUCCCCGCGAAACAGGGCCGUGUUUCUGGCUUUUGGUCUCGGCGUGGGGCUCAUCGAACAACAGCUUGAGGAUGAUCGAAAGAGUGCUGCGACCUGCCAGGAGAUCCAGGCUGUGUUUAGCAAGAAAAGGUUCCAGACCCCACUCAAGCCCUUCACCUCUGGAUAUAAACUGGAGGAUUACAUUAUUGGGAAUCAGAUUGGGAAAGGCUCCAACGCCGCCGUGUAUGAGGCUGCAGCUCCGUUUGCCCCACCAAAGGGGGGGGAAAAUGGAUCCCUGGUGCAGCUUAGGGAAGAUGAAGAGGAAGGGGAGACCAAUCGGUCGCUGACGUGCUGCUCGCUAAAAAAAUUCCCUCUGGCUAUCAAGAUGAUGUGGAACUUUGGGGCAGGGUCGUCAAGCGAGGCAAUAUUAAAAUCCAUGUCACAGGAGUUGGUGCCUGCAGCUGCUCAGGCCUUAAAGCAAGAAAACGAACAAAUCACUCUGGAUGGACAUUUUGGAGUCUUGCCCAAAAGAGUGUCAGCACACCCGAAUGUGAUCAGAGUGUACCGGGCUUUCACGGCGGAUGUCCCAUUGCUACCAGGUGCCGAGGAGGAGUAUCCAGAUGUGCUGCCAGCAAGGCUCAACCCUGAUGGUCUGGGCAACAAUCGCACCCUUUUCCUGGUGAUGAAGAACUACCCUCGCACACUGCGACAGUACCUGGAAGGGUCCACACCAAGCCGCAGGCAGGGCUCUUUGAUGAUGCUACAGCUCCUUGAGGGGGUCGACCAUCUGUGCAGACAGGGUGUUGCUCACAGGGAUCUCAAAUCAGACAACGUGCUGUUGGAGUUUGACUCUGAUGGUUGCCCUCGUUUGGUGAUUACUGACUUUGGAUGCUGCCUGGCCCAGAGUGACUCUAGUCUACAGCUCCCCUUCAACAGCAUGUGGGUCAACAGAGGAGGAAAUGCCUCCCUUAUGGCCCCUGAGGUGACCACUGCAGUUCCAGGGUCUGGUGUGGUGAUUGAUUACAGCAAGGCGGAUGCCUGGGCUGUGGGUGCCAUCUCCUAUGAGAUAUUUGGACAGCAUAACCCGUUCUAUCGAGCCGUGGGACUGGAGAGCAGGAGCUACCAGGAGAAGCAGCUUCCUCCUCUGCCCGCCAGUGUUCCAGCUGAUGUGCAGUUAGUGACACGACUGCUCCUCAGGAGGAACCCAAGCAAGCGCCCCAGUGCCCGUGUGGCAGCUAACAUGCUACAUCUUAGCCUCUGGGGACGGAAGGCCCUGGCCAAUCAGGACAGCAUUGGCAUGAAGAAGCUGGCUGAUUGGUUGUUGUGCCAGUCUGCUGUGGUUCUCCUGAAAGGCUGCAGUGGACCCAGUGGGUACACGGUGGAGGCGGAGCUUCAGAGGAGCUUCCUGUCUAACCUGGACCUGGAGGACCUGCGCACCGCUGUGGGUUUCCUCCUGUAUGGGCGAGAGCAGCGUCAGGCCUGCAUUCUGUCAGCUUAGAUCCACUCUCACUCAUUCAGACACAUAGUCAUUGAUAUUGAUAGUCUAGAGUUAAAACGUGCUCUGAUAUUCAGCCUGACGUCUGUAUUUGUAAUAUGUAUAGUCUUAGCCUUUACAUCUAAUGGCUAUUAAAGGCAAACUCCACUGACACUGUACUCUUACACCGUUCUACAUCCUCUGUGACAUUUAUUGUUAAUUAUCACAUGGUGUAAUUCACCUUUUCGGAUUGCCCGAUCUUUGUUAAACCAGGCUGCUGAAAUUGCUGAUCUGCAUUUCCCAGAUUGUGUUCUCCCAAACUCAGCAUCACUACAGCACUACAGCAUCAGCAGGAGUUAAAACAAACUGCUGCUAGUGUCCCUAGUGCAAUGCAAAAUGCAACAGGUCUUGUUGGUGCAUUACAUCAUGAGGCUGCUGCUGAAAAAACCUUGUUAUUGCUGUUUUCUAUGAUUAUUUUUUCCUGAAAUGAGUGUUGUUUGUUAUCACCAAACAACUAAACUGGCCCAGAAAUGCUAGGUACCAAUGGUUACUGGUAAUUCUGUUAUAAGAGUUGGCAUUUUCUUUAACAUGCACUUUUUAGAUAUUUGAUAAGGAAGACCCCACUCAUACAGUAGUUGUUUGUUGUUGUUGUUGUUAGAGUAGAAAGUACACACUGUACUUGUCAGAACCUACAGUGUAGGGCUAAAUUAAGUUUUACAUAUUCGCAAGUAACAUGCAGCCUAUAAACAGCUCGUACAUGCAUCAAACUGUCAGCAAAAAACAGAUUGCCAGUGGGUGUCUGUGUAAGGUUGUGAGCCAAAUAAUCAUAUAUUCACCCAUUCUGCAUAAUGCAGUGCAUGUAAAAACCUCUGCACAACCUACUACGCAGUUAUCACAGUGAUGAUGGUAGAUAGCAUGGAACACGCAGACUAUUGACCGACUUCUAGGAUGUGAUUGUGUUUUGUUCUCGUUCCUAUGGUUUGCACUUUAUGUCCAUGUUUGCACUUGCUGGUGUUUGUUGGUUGCCAGGUUUCCUAUAAUACUUCCUAUAUCAUUGUAAAUUAUAAAAUAAUUAUGCCAAAUCCAUGAUUUGAAUAGAGUGGGUUAAUCCCCCACACUUCACCAUAAUCGGUUCUCAAAACUAGUCACAUUAAGUCUACAAUUUUGACAUCCUUACAUGCAUAAAUAAAUAUAAUCAUGGGGUCAGUGAGGAUUACAAGGGAUAUGUUUUCAUACUAAAGAUGGAGAGAAAUAUUUUGGAUAUAUGUAGAUUUUUCUGCUGUGAAUAAAUAAAUCUAUCUGAAAAAAA